ACUGGUUAUAAGUUAAAAACAAUUUAGAUUUUAGAAUAGAAUAGAAUAAAAUAUUCACUAGGUACUUAAUAAAAGGGGAUAUUUUUUAUUAUGUACAAAAUAUUAAAUUUCUUAUAACAUUCUUACUGUAUAAUAUUGGUGUUUGGAUAUCAAUGAAUAAUUUAGAAGACAUUAAUAUUGUUGUGUUUAAUCAGCCAUUUAAAAAUAAUCUUCUUUAAACUAAAGCACAAGUUGUAAAAACAUAAUGGCAAGAAGAGGAAGUAUUCCUGACAGAUGGCUUGCUUAUAGAGCUUGUGGUAAUGUGAUUGAAGGCACAAGGAUUAUAUGCUUUAAAGUACCACUCCGUAAAGAGGUUCAAGAUAACAAUCCUCUUAUUAAAGAAAUAUGGGAUAUGGAGAAACUUCUUGAGAAAAUACCGAAUAUAGGAGCAGUGAUAGACUUGACGAACACAAGCCGUUAUUAUAAUCCAAAGGGUUUCGUAUCUGCGGGUGUUCUUCAUAAGAAAAUUCAUGUGCAGGGACAUGUAGUACCGCCCGAGGCUAAAGUCACCGAAUUCAUGAACACCGUUGACAAGUUUCUGGAAAAAGAUGACGAUUCCCUAGUGGGAGUUCACUGCACGCACGGUCUCAAUCGUACGGGCUACAUGGUGUGUCGAUACCUUCGAGAUCGUUUGAAGAUUCCCGCCGGCACUGCCAUUGAGAAAUUCGAAGCGGCUCGUGGCUAUAAAAUUGAGAGGCCGAAUUAUAUCGAAAGUCUUCAUGCUAAAUUGCCGUCGGCCAAGCCCUCGCUGCUUCGACACGAACCGCUUAGUUGGAGAAAGAAGAGUGUGAAAUCGGAUGGAACGGAUAAUCUCAGAAACAAUGACAAGUUCAGGAAUUUUAAUAAGGGAAAAAACAUGUCGAACUAUUAUAAGAAAACCUAGCAUUGUAAUUCUCUUGUUAUUUACACUCCGAACAUCAAUUUAUAAUUGUAUUAGUUAAAAUACCUACUUGUUUUUUACUAAAUGUAAGUCAUUUCAUUAGUAUUGUCGUGUAAAAGAGCACUGGCGAUGUACUUGUGCAGUAACGAGUUGUGGACCAAAUUGGCGGUAAAACAGGGGUGCGGAGGGGAGAGAAGCGUCGUAUAUUAAUUGCAGCAUUGUGUUAGCCGGUUAGUGGAAAAUUGUUUCAUGUUGUUUUUGCUUCUAAGUACAGUCUUGUAUAACAUUUUUUUUCACGGUUUACAUUGGAUGGAAAUAAAAAUAAAUAAUAUAGGAAGUUGAUAGCGGUGCAAUUAAUAAUUUAAAACAAUCUUUGUAGGAACCGUCAACUGUUUUUAUUUAAUUGUUAUUUCUUUCGAUUACAUUUUGUAUUCAAAAAUAGUACAACUUUUUCAUUGUAAUUCUUCCUAAACACAUAUAUAUUUUUAAUUAAAUUUCUAGAUUGUAUUUUAGUUAGUUCAAUCGAGAAGUAAAAUUGUGACCACUUCUCUCCAGUGCUAUAUUAGCUCAGAGUGAUGCGGUAGGUUGUGAUCCGAUUACGAUUUACAUUUUGUUGCCUUUAUUUUGGGCAGUUGGUGCUGCUGAAAGAGUCUGCCCACUUCAUCGUGUUAUACCAUGACGUACCUAGGUACGUACUAUAAUCGUAUCAGGCACGGUUAGAAACACAUCAAUGUACACUAAAACGAAUAUCACUUGUGAAUCACACGAUAAUAGCCAUGAUGACAGAUUUUUGAUUUCUCUUUCGUAAUGUUGGUGCACGUCUACUAAUUUGGGUCUCUUAAGUGUCAUGGUGGGUGAUUAUGAAAUCAUUGAUAACGCGUAAUUUAUAUCUGAUUUGUUUUAUUAUUGUUUAGUUUAAACUUCAAGCGAUGCGGUGAUGACUACGCCGUUUAAUAUGGCCGAUCGAGGGAAAUUUGUACUUUUAUUUUGUCGAAUAUAUGUCAAUUUUUCAUCAAAACUUAGAGUCCUUUUAAUAAUAUAUUUUCUGAAAGACCAUUUAUUCUUUGAUUCUUAGAUACUAUCAUGGUCAUAGUUGAAGGUUCUUGAUUUUCACGCGACUGUGUUGGCCGGACACCGAACGUUCUAGUGGGCGUAAUGUCUUACUUUUCAAUACAAUUAAUAAUUUUUCCCUGAUCCUAUCCUAGUACGGUCAAGGUAUGGUACGAUAUAGUCGGCAGACAUCAAGUGCGAAUCGUACUCGUACACGCAGAGUUCCGUAUCAUCGUACAAGAUACAACACUUGUUACAUUUUUUAUACUUGAACUUUAUUUUAUUUGCAUGGCAAUUUUGCAAUUGACCAUUUUUAUUUUUAUAAUUUCUUGUAAUAGCGGCAGUAGUAUUACCUAUAAAUAUUUCAGUUUUCUAACUAUUGUGGUUUCAGACCGCUGAGAGACCGUCCAGGGUUAGUUAUCCCUAAAACUAAGAGGAAACAUUAGUUGGCCAUUUUUCCAUACAAACGCUCUCGACUCUUUUCUCCUUAGUUUAUAUCUGGAGAUCAAAAUUAUUUUCAAGUUAGAUCAAGAUUAUCAUUAUCUGUGUGUCUCUGUUUUGCUUUCAUUGUUUUCAUAAGUGCUGCACUUGAAAAAGUGCUUAAAUCGGCUUAAAACCACAGACGCUAACAGAGUUCCAGUACUAAUAUUUUAGUAUUUUCUAUGAUUAACGUGAGUGUUACACAUUUAAAUAAAACACUUUUUAAAAGAUUUAAACGCGUGUAAUUGUAACUAUGUUUUUACAUUCGAUUUUGCGUUAAAGAUAAUGAUGGUGUAACCCUUCCAGGUCCCCCCGAAAACUUGGCCUGGAAAGCAACGAUAAACAAAAAAAUUAAAACAGUCCGACACAGAACUUCAUCCCAUUCAGUUAGUUCCCCGAAAUUUCGUUUGGGAAAUUUUUGGAGGAGGAAAUUGUCGAGAACUAAACUCUCAUUUUUUAGUUUAUUACUCACGAUGUUUAGUCAUAGCUGCAGUUGUUCUUAUCACACUGAUGAUAGUCUCGCCCGCGUUAGCGCGACGGAUUCUAAAACAAUCGAAUUCUUAAAUCCAAAAAGUCUCCGCUAAUGUUUUCUCUUAAAGCACGGCAACAAAAAAACUAGGCUUUUAUAGUAACAAGACAUGUUUUAGUUUAGUUUCUUCUAUACUUAUUAGAUUAGUCACGUUAGUUGAAUUUAGAUAUCACCACGCGAUAUCCAUGUUAUUGUCGUCAUAUGAAUAUAGUACAAUCUUUCGGAUUUAAAUGCAAAAUUAUAAUGCAUAGUGGGUACUAACCAAUAACUUUUUUGAAAGCAUAAUAUGGGAAUAUUAUAAAAUAUAAAUAUACUAGGUAAAUAUAAAAAUAUAUUUUAAU